UCAAAAGAUAGUGAAGGAAGUACACCAUUGAUGUUGGCUGCAGCUUAUGACAAGAUUGAAGCUGUAAAUUAUCUUUUAGACAAAGGAGCCGAUCCCUCUAUUAGAAACCAGUCAGGAAGAAAUUCACUGCACACCGCUUCAGAAGGUGGUAAUGUCACCCUCAUCGAGAAACUAAUGUCAAGUGGUCUAGAUGUCGAUUCAAAAGAUAGUGAAGGAAGUACACCAUUGAUGUUGGCUGCAGCUUGUGGCAAGAUUGAAGCUGUAAAUUAUCUUUUAGACAAGGGAGCCGAUCCCUGUAUUGGAGACCAGUUAGGAAGAAAUUCACUGCACACCGCUUCAGAAGGUGGUAAUGUCACCAUCAUCGAGACACUAAUGUCACGUGGUCUAGAUGUCGAUUCAAAAGAUAGUGAAGGAAGUACACCAUUGAUGUUGGCUGCAGCUUGUGGCAAGAUUGAAGCUGUAAAUUAUCUUUUAGACAAAGGAGCCGAUCCCUCUAUUAGAGACCAGUUAGGAAGAAAUUCACUACAUGAUGCUUCACAGGGUGGUAAUGUCACCAUCAUCGAGAAACUAAUGUCACGUGGUCUAGAUGUCGAUUCAAAAGAUAGUGAAGGAAGUACACCAUUGAUGUUGGCUGCAGCUUGUGGCAAGAUUGAAGCUGUAAAUUAUCUUUUAGACAAAGGAGCCGAUCCCUCUAUUAGAGACCAGUUAGGAAGAAAUUCACUACAUGAUGCUUCACAGGGUGGUAAUGUCACCAUCAUCGAGAAACUAAUGUCACGUGGUCUAGAUGUCGAUUCAAAAGAUAGUGAAGGAAGUACACCAUUGAUGUUGGCUGCAGCUUGUGGCAAGAUUGAAGCUGUAAAUUAUCUUUUAGACAAAGGAGCCGAUCCCUCUAUUAGAAACCAGUCAGGAGUAACUUCUCUGCACGCCGCUUCACAGGGUGGUAAUGUCACCAUCAUCCAGACACUAAUGCCACGUGGUCUAGAUGUCGAUUCAAAAGAUAGUGAAGGAAGUACACCAUUGAUGUGGGCUGCAGCUUGUGGCAAGAUUGAAGCUGUAAAUUAUCUUUUAGACAAGGGAGCCGAUCCCUCUAUUGGAGACCAGAUAGGAAGAAAUUCACUGCACACCGCUUCGGAAGGUGGUAAUGUCACCAUCAUCGAGACACUAAUGUCACGUGGUCUAGAUGUCGAUGCAAAAGAUAGUGAAGGAAGUACACCAUUGAUGUUGGCUGCAGCUUGUGGCAAGAUUGAAGCUGUAAAUUAUCUUUUAGACAAGGGAGCCGAUCCCUGUAUUGGAGACCAGUUAGGAAGAAAUUCACUGCACGCCGCUUCAGAGUGUGGUAAUGUCGCCAUCAUCACAAAAAUUCUGUCACUUGGUUUGGAUGUUAAUUCAAAAGAUUUUGCAGGUUGCACACCGUUAAAAAUCGCAAAAACAUAUGGCAAAACUGAGGCCGUAACCUUCCUACUUAGCAAGGGAGGACAUUAG